AGUCGUGCAUGUGAACUGCAUCAGACAGCGAGUCUGCAGAACAAGUCGCUACAUCAGUGCGCUGCAGUGAAAUCCAGCUCCCGAACACACCCUGCUGCAGCCUGCAGAGCACCCACACAGUAUUGACAACACCCGCGGCUGUACCCCUUAACCGAGCAGAAAGGAAGAAACGGCGAGCCGCUGAUACACAGCUAAGGUAAGAUCAUCUGCUCGCCGCAUUUUGUCCCGCAAGAGACCAGCGCAGGUAACCUGGGACCGGACGAAGUGACAUUGAAAACAGCGCUGAGGAGCAAGAUGACUGACAAAGACCCGACACCUGCAGUGGGGACACUGUCCCCAGGCCAACUGCAGUCCCACCUGAAGAUGGAGCCUAAGACUUUGGGGGCGAUCCAGGUCGUUAUUGGGGCUUUGAUUCUCUGUCUGAGUGCCUCCGUGCUCCAGAUCCAUGAGGUCCACUUUACAGGAGAUGUGGCACUCUUCCUGAUCGUUGUCAUACAGGUGACCUUGUCUGGCUCAGUGCUGAUCCACAGCGGGAGGAGACCCACUCUGUUUUGGGUGAAAGUUGUCCUGGUGCUGCACCUCAUCAGCGCUGCAUUUGCCACUGCAGCCCUGGGUCUGAUGUCCAAACACCUGCCCUACCGCCAGGACUCUUACCACUGUGAACACUGCCGCAGGCUGGAGCUGCAUGCCGUGCAACAUUGUUUCAGGAAAUGCACCGGGCUGAUCGAGCAAAAGUGUAAACUGCUGAUCGACGGGAUCCUGGGGACGCUGGUGAUCUUUCUGGUGCUGGAGCUGUUGAUCUGCAUCACUGCCAUGCUGUUCGGACUCAGCGUCCUAGCUGCUGGUGGAGCCCGGGCUCCCAGCCAGAGACCUGUCUAUCCACAGACACGCCCCCCACCUGUUCCAGCUGUUCAGGUUGCUCCAGCUGUUCAGGCUGCUCCAGCUGCAGCCGAGCCAUCUCAGGUGGCUGUAGUUGUGACCGAACCAGAUUCAGAGCAGGUAGAGGACAUCUCCACCCCACCCACUGAACCCCAGGUGGAGCCGAUCGAAUCUGUGACCUCAGAGCCCUGAACUCGAAACACACUGCUCCCUGUGAUGUCAUGUCAUGUCAGUCAGAGUGUAAAUAUGGAUGUAACUAAUAUUUUUGACAGCCCUCUGCUGGUCACUCAAAUCAGGACUCAGUAACCUCCCGUUUAGCUUGAUGACUCGUGUAUAACAGUGACACAUGUGCUGAUGGUAGCAGUUCAAGUUCAUGAACAGAAUAAGAAUUGUUCAAAAAAUAAAUGUGAAUGUCCCAAAAAGUCGUCACUCUGUCCUUUCACUUCUGGCAUGACAUGAACACAGAAUCAGUGUUAGCACACGAUGUUGUGGUGAUGAUAUGGAUCAGUGUUAUUAGGAAUGUUGAUUUAUUCUUCAAAUACUAACAUCACUAAAAUAAAUAGUGAGAAAUAAAAAGCAGCAGCAAACAAGAUUCUCAGCUUUGACAGUGAGGGACAAGCAGAGAUCUUGGUUACUAUUAAGAGUAUGUAGAAUAUAUUCACUAAUAGUCAGUGCACAUUUUGUGUUAUUAGAAAGAAGGCAGAUAUAAUAACCUUGUACUAUUUUGCCUUUCGAAGAUUUUAAACCUCUCUUGCCUAAAGCAUAUCGGGCUGAUUAAAUACGAUUUUGUUUCACUGAGUAUAUUUUAAACUUGUCUAUAUAAAACUUGUCUUAUCCCCAUUACAGAAUUUGUAAUGACAGAGUAUCACAGCAGCUAAUCUACUGUUUAUAUGUCCAUUCAUUGUUGGUUAUAUUAUUUUCGAGCUGUUAUCUUGAUUAAAACUCAAAGCCCUCCAGUGAUUAAGCACUUACAUCAGGUUUUGGGGCUCAGAAGAGGCAGCAGAGGGCGAGACAUUCAGACUUUGAGUCAAGCUCCAAAAACAACAGUACCCUCAAUUUCUCUUAAUGCUUAAGAAACUCCAGUCCCUGUUUGUGGCAUAAUGCAAACCGUGUAAACAAAGUCCCACUUUGGAGACAAUGAAAUCCAUUUAUCUGUCUCUUUUUACUUUCCAGUCUUCAAUCACAAGCCAAAGUAAUCCUGCUAAUAAUCUUUCCACUGCUCUGCUGUUCAUGAGAGUCAUGUGUGUGGAGCUCUGAGUGGAGAGCUGCUCCGUCACAUUAAUAAGAAAUGUCCGCUGGAUGCCUCCCUGUAACAGCUGGAUGGUUCACAUAUCCAUACUUGCGAUGCUUCCUGCAGGAAGUGCUGCGGAACAUGUGGUCCACCGCCUUGAUAACAUAAUGAAUGGAUGGAUAUGGCCACUUGUUAUCUGGAUACAAUGAGAUUACUAUAUGUUAUCAUAAAAUGGAGAUUUUUAAUAGACUCCCAAACACUGGAACAUACCAGCAAGGUAAUGUUGAAGCCAUAUGCGAGGCUGUUUAAACAAGCAGCAUCUAUAACAGUGUCAAACCUAAGCUAAUGCUAAUAUUGAUCAUGGGCUUGCUGUCUCUCAUUAGACAUGACUGAGAUGUCCUUAAUUCAUGAAUGAAAUUGUCUCUCCUCUAGAGCUGAACUUUAAAGGCACAGCAGCAGGCCGGUAGCCAGGGUACCAUUGUGGAGAUCUGUGAGAACCUUAAUGCCGAGAACACACCAAGCAGUGGCAAAGUGCAGCUUGCUGCAAUAAUUGCACUUUUUUGCGCCCAGGAAGUGUGUUUAUGUGUUUGAGGUGGGAGGGAAUUCUUUGUGACAUAGGUCAACAUGUCACAGGAGUCUUUUUACUAAGUGGCUGUGGGUAUCCGCCUUUAUCACAGAAUCAAACAGCUGCUUGGUGUGUUUUCAUGUAAGAGAGAAAUGUGUCUGUAAAUGAUAUUGUAACUAUAGUCCCUGUAGUUGCUCAUUGUUUGAAGGAAACUUGGCAAAAACACUUCAUAAAAUUGGACUGAGUUUGGACUUACAACAUUGAUAUUUGUAAAACAGAGGCCUCAGUUAGUUUCCCUGUUCAGAUUCAUGUCAGACACGUGUUGACAGUGUAUGUUUUCCUGCACUGGUUUGUUAAUAUUGUCAGGACUUUGUGAAUACCACAGAAUGGCAUGAUGAACUGUAAAUGAAUGUAUUAACAUUUUAUUCACAAUGAAAUAAAAGUUAGUGCUGCACCAGUAAAAAUGAAAAAGAAUUGUUAUCUAUGAUCACUCUCAAUCACUGAUAAUCACAUUUAAUACUGUAGUGUUGUUACUGAAGCUUUUCGUUUUCAAACAUGUCCUUAUAUAGUUUUACACACACAGUAUAUAUGGGACUUUCA